AUGCAGCAAGUGGAGAGGAACGUCAGAAGAGUUCUGCUCUCCUUCACCUUGUUGGGUUUCUGUCAGGGUACGAGUAAAGACUUGAAGAUUGAUUGUGUAGAAAGCUGCAAUAACAGUGUGGAACUUAAUUCCAUAGACUUGCACUGGGACUGUGAUGUUGAAAGAAAACUCUCUCUGUGCAUUGAAGUAUGCAGCUAUUGGAACUACACAGUAUUUCGCAAUUGUUUCAGUCUCUGUGAUUCAACGUUCAAUCAGACAUGUGAGGUACAGAUCUGUCAGUUUAGCUGUAAAAAGGCUGAGGAAUCUUACAUUUUCCACAUAACAGAGUCACUGAAUGAUCCCCAUCCUCCUGUGGCAAGUUUAAUACACAGUACAUCCAUUCUUGUAAAAUGGGAACGAGCAAACUCAUCAGCAGUAAGAUACAUUCUUCAGUGGAGAUACAAAGGACUACCUGGGCAAUGGAUUUACACUGAAGUUAUUGAAGAUGCAAUAUAUAACAUCACAAAAUUGCACCCGUAUACUGAGUAUGUCUUUCGAGUGAUGUGGGUAGUAACAGACAGACUGUAUAAAUACUCAACUGAAAGUCGCUCUUACAGAACCAAACCAUAUGGUGUUCCAUCAUCAGCACCUGUAAUUGUUAGGAUUGAAAGUCCCAGUCCUACCUCAGUGGUUGUUGAAUGGAAACCGCCCAUGUUUCUUAAUGGACCAUUAAUUGGUUACCAUAUUGAGCUCCAGAGUGGUACCGAACAUUUCCUCAGGGAUGCAACUAAGGAACAACUAUGUUUUUCUAUUUAUCCUACGAAGCCAGGCACAACAUACAGGCUGUCCAUAGCUGCAAGAAAUACUAAAGGAAUUGGACCUCGAGCCAGUAUGAAUGUGAGCACUUUGCCUCAACCAGAACUGUCUGAAAACCUGGUACUCUGGCUGUCGAAACAAAAUACCCUAUAUGAAAGUAAAGCUGGAGAUUUGGAGGAGAUGUUUUGUACCAGAACAGAUUGGAUUGGUAACAGCAUUACUGGUUCCAUUAAAUUCCUUCACCCAGUAUAUAUAUAUCGUAUGCCUUUGGAUUCAGAGGUAAUUACAAAGGUCAGGGAUGUUGCAGGAAAAAUUCAAGAUCUCCAGCUAGAUCCACUUCAGGGCUACAUGUACUGGACAACAGCACAGAGUGUGGAAUAUUCUCGGAUAAAUGGUGACCAUCCAGGCUUGCUUGAGGAGCUGCCCAAUUUCUCUGGUAAACAGAUUUCAGGAUUGACUCUGGAUUUUGAUCUUGGAGCUCUCUUUUGGCUCAUUCAAGAUAAUAUCAGACUUGAAAUAAACCAGGCAGAUCUUAUCUGGAAAGGGAACAGAGGCAAAGUUAAGAAGAUUUUAUCUUCUGAUUCUUUGAAAACUUCUCAACACGUGCUUCAAUUCUACUUUGGCAAACUGGUUUGGAUUAAUGAAGAAGGUGAUUUGCAAAUUGUCGAAAUGGGAAAAAAACAAACUGUUCAACUUUCUCGUGGCACACCCUUUAUAACAUUUACUGUUGUACAUCAGAAACCUUUACCAGAUGGUUUCUCUGAUUGCCCAGUUGUAAUUCCUAAUCCAGUUCCAGCAUCUUCAUUUAAGAUAGAAGGGAACUCCUCCAGGAUCUGUAUUAAAUGGGAAAGUGUAAGAAAUGUGAACUAUGGCAUGCUGUAUUAUAAGUUUGAAUCACAAGCCCUUUUGAAAAUUGAGGACCUCAACACUCCUCACUAUUGUGUAAGUGGUCUUGAGCCUUUCAAGAUGUUUGAUAUCACAGUGAAACCAUAUACUUACUGGGGAUCUGCAACAGAGACACAAGUCACUCUCCGCUCUCCUGAAGCUGCACCAUCUGCUCCUGAAAAUCCACGGAUUUUUGUGAAUUUGAGGAAGGACAUUCUGCUAGGUGUAAUGAACAUGGAUAUGGAAUUCAGGUGGAAUGUGCCUGCCCAAACAAACGGUAUCCUCAGGGGUUACACUGUGUAUUACACCACAGACAACUGCUCAGAUCCCCUCCAGGGAAAUGCACUGAAUGUGGCUGCUGACAUUACCACCUUCUCACUGACUAAUGUAGACCCAGCGAAAACCUAUUGUGUGCAGGUGGAAGGUUUUACAGAUGCUGGAUCAGGUAGCAGAACGUGUGUUAGAAUGGGGAAUGUAACAGUUACAGGCUCAGUGCCAUAUCUAUUGACCAUAAAGGACAGAAUGGUCACAAUUUUUGAUAUGGAUACUCGGCAAACCAUUCAGAAAAUGCUAGUGUCUGCUGUUAUUCAUGUGGGUUACAUUCUACAAGCACAGACAAUAUAUUACUUGACAGAAAACCUGAUUAUGAGCACAGCUUUGGAUGGUCAAGACAAAACUCAGCUUAUUGAGAGUAUCUUGUGCAGUGCUCCAAAAGGAAUGACGGUUGACUGGAUUGGACGGAAAAUCUAUGUGCUGUUGGAUAAACAAGAAAAUGCAAACAGUUCAAUUUAUGUUCUGGAUCUUGAAUUACAAGGAACAAAGCUAGAGAAAUUAUUGUCCAGCAGCCAAAAUAUUUACUCAAUUGGAAUACAUCCAAAGAAAAGCCUCCUGUUUUGGACUCAGUUAGUGUCUGAAGAUAUGGUUUUAGUGUCUUAUAAUUUAACUGCGCGAUUGCCUAGAACUCUCAUUGGCCAUCAUUUGGAAAUUGCUCAUGCUGUUCCUGAAGCAAUAGUGUGCAACUGUACAACAGCAAAACUUCACAUGGAUGGAAACUUUGCUGUUGAUACCACAGAUUCUGAGCCCGUGAGACUCUUUUUCACAACUCCAGACCAUGAAAUCUGGGCCUCGGAUUUAAAUGGCUGCAUAUGUUGGAGGAAAAUUAAUUUCACAGGAGCUACAGAUUUUGGUGCAACAUCACUGACAGUGAAUUCAAAUGCAGUUUAUUGGAUAACUCGGGAUGGUGAUCAAUCUACAGUUUAUAUGGCUGAUAAAUUCUCAGGGAAUGUUAUCUCUGAAUAUCAAGAUUCCUCACUAGUUGGAGUGAUGACAUUUGGUGAAGAGUCACAACCAUAUCCAGAUCCAAAGUGCCUAAUACCAAAAGCCUAUACAAGUGUGCCAGAAGUAGUGAAUAAAUCGGAUACUAGUCUGAUGAUUUACAUUCCACCUGUUGAGUUCCCUUCUACAUGCUCUGAAAUGAGCAAACCCACUCCCACUUAUGUUUUAAAUUAUGCAGAAUACCAAGAUAAUUAUAUUGAUGCCAACUGUACCCAUGGAAUUCAGUGCUAUAAGAAGGAAGUGCAGACAAACAUAAUAGAACUGAAAGGGUUGCAGUCUUACACCAGAUACCUCAUCCAGGUUUCAGUGAGAAAUCAUUACAGAGAUUUAUCAAAGGAGCUGGGUCCACCAGCAAUAAACUGGACAUGGUUUGGAGUGCCAUCAGCACCGCAACAAGUAGAAGUAGUUGUAUUAUCAGACGACAGAGUAAAGGUCUCAUGGACCGCACCUCUAGAACCAAAAGGACCUGUGGAACAGCUUCGUUAUCAAGUUCAAUAUAAUGGAAAUAAUUACUGGCCUGCUGUGCCUGUAAGAUUAGACCAACUAGCAGAUGGACAAAGACAGAUUGAACUAGCAAACCUUCAGGGUGGAACUGAGUACCGGUUCCAGGUACUGAGUUUCCCUCCAAUCGGUGGAAGUUUCAGUUCAAGUGAAAUUGUCUUAGCAAAAACGUUUUUGACUCCUCAGUCUCCUCGCCUUCUUUCAGUUGGAAAUACUACAGUGACAAUUCUCUGGCAAUUUACAUCCAAUCAUGCAAUGGAGAAAUACUGGUUUGAGAUUUCCCAGGACACCAGCAGGGAAAUUUGGAGACGAGUGCAAGUGAACUGCACCAAUAAUGUGAAUUUCAGUUGCAUUAUUCUGGGCCUACAUCCAUCGAGAAUAUAUGCAGUGAGAGCAGUUGUUACUUACAAAUCAAAUGUUUCACGUGCAUCUGCCAUGCAAGUACUUGAGACAAAAGCUGGUGUACCAGGUAAACCAGGUACACCAUAUACUGUUCAUGAUGAUAUUAACUGGAGUAAAGCAGAUGACAAUGGAAAUAAUAUAACAUACUACAUCCUGCAGGCACAGAAUUCCAAAAAUGAAACAAGGCUGCAGAGCUUCAACAACUCGGAUGAAUGGAUUACUGUCUAUCAGGGAUCCUGCAGUAGUAUUGUCUGUACUUGGCGUAAUCAGCACUUGAGUGGGUUUUAUCAUGUGAGAGUCGUGGCAGUUAAUAGUAUCGGCAUGGGUGAAUUCAGUGAGACAAGUGGGGAAAUCAUCAUGAGACUCUAUGAGCCUCGUGAAAAUCUGGUACUACUUGUACUUGGAACUGUUUGUGCUACAGUAAUAAUGGCUGUCUUUUGUAUUACAAUAGCAGCUUAUGCCCAAAAUGUAAAUCGUAAUAAACAAAAGGGAGACACAACCACUCUUCAUGUGAACUAUAACCCAGAUUUGGAACUGGCUUGGAUCAGAGAUAUGAGCGCAUCAGUAAUUCAGACAAACAUCUGGUAUACAUCAAGUUCCCUCCCUGCACAUGUGGAGUUUGAAUCUCUUCCACUGUUUCCAAGACAGAAACUUACUUUGCUAAAUUUUCUUGGUAGUGGAGCAUUUGGAGAAGUGUUUGAAGGAAAAGCUGAAGACAUUUUGGGGCCUGGUAGUGGCAAUGUCAAAGUAGCUGUGAAAACUCUGAGAAAAGGGGCAACUGAUCAUGAAAAGUCUGAAUUCCUCAAAGAGGCCCAUUUAAUGAGUCAUUUUGAUCAUUCCCAUAUAGUUAAGCUGCUGGGUGUGUGCCUACUGAAUGAGCCACAAUUCUUACUCCUGGAGCUCAUGAAGGGAAGAGACUUGCUCAGUUAUCUCCGGGGAGCUAGAGGAUCUCAGCCCUUGCUCUGUGUGGGUGACCUUAUAGACAUAUGUCUGGAUGUUGCAAAAGGCUGUACUUACCUUGAGAAAAUGCAUUUUGUUCACAGGGAUCUUGCUGCUAGAAACUGUUUAGUUUCCAUAAAGGAAUACAACUCCACAAAUCGCAAAGUGAAAAUUGGAGACUUUGGUCUUGCAAGAGACAUCUACAAGAAUGAUUACUAUCGAAAGGAAGGAGAAGGACUACUUCCUGUCAGAUGGAUGGCACCUGAGAGCUUAAUUGAUGGCAUGUUCACAAAUCAGUCUGAUGUUUGGUCAUUCGGUAUCUUAAUGUGGGAAGUAAUGACAUUGGGGCAUCAGCCGUACCCAGCUCGUACCAACCUAGAGGUGUUGCACUUUGUUCGAACAGGAGGGAGACUGGAGAAACCAAGCAAUUGUCCAGAAAAUGUUCACCAGCUGAUGCUCAAGUGUUGGACACGUGAACCCCACAAGAGGCCGUCAUUCCAAUACAUUGAAAGCAGCCUGGAACACCUGAAAAGCAGCCCCCAAGGCAGUCAGAAUGCUCUUGUGUACUACAAUGAUGACUACAGGAAUAGUGACAUCUCCCAGGGUAUUGUCAAUCAAGCAUUUGAAGGAGAGGAGCAUGAAAAGCAGAAAAGUGAUGAUGGUGCUACUGGUAUAACAUUGACAUCGAUGGCAAGUGAAGAAGGAGAUGGACUUCAUUACGUAAUGUACCAUCACUCCCCUGAUACCUGCUCAGAGGCUGAUGUCUUGGAAAUGAGACUGAGUAUGCUGAAAGAUGGAGCAAUCAACUAUUCUUAUGUUACAAGUGCAGAAGAAGAAAAAGCUGCUGUAAACACAGCAUGCUCAGAAAACCAAGGGGAUUAUAAUACACAGCACAGUUUUCUUCGAAACAAAGGAUCUGCUGUGGGUGCUGCUCCAAAUCCAGGAAAUAGCGAUGAUCAACGGUGCAGUUUACACAGAACUUCAAAAUGCCCCCCAGUCACAUUGCAGCACCUACAGAAUAAAUCUAUUUCCAUCACACCUCUAUCUAAAGCGUUUCAUGAUAACAACACCCAACUUGGUUUAGAUGGUUUGACUGUUCCAUUCCUGAACUAUACCAGAAUGGAGUGGGAACAUCCACCCUCCACACCAACAGGAGAAAAAUACCACAGUGACAUCGAUUAUGUAGGAAGCUGCCUCGUCUCUGAAGUCAGUAGCACACUUAGAUGCAGUAAAAACCCAGACGAAGGUUUUGAGUCAAUGCGAAUAGGUGGGCAAAAUACUAAUUACUUAGCAAAUAAUGAAAAGACAAAAGGCAAAAUUAUCCAGAAUAAUAUCAUGACAGCUGCUACUAACAUAGAGGAGCCAAUCUCCAUCUGAUCAAAUUAGAUCAAAUUUUAUCUGAAUAUUUAAUACUCAUAUUUUGACUACAGAAAGACUUGCUGAUUUUCCAUAUUUUGCACCACUUUGUUUAGAAGAUAUCUUGAUAUCUAUCAAAAACUGUUAGGGCAAGUCUUAAAAAUAGAAUAUUUUAAAAUGUUAUUGACAUUAGUGUUUGAGUGCAGAAAUACUGCUGUGGACCUCACAUUCUAGACUCCAGAUUAUGAUCACGAAUAGAUAAUGGUUUUUUCAAGGAAUGUGGAUCCUGGAAAUCAGAAACCGUUCUGGCAGCUUGUGUGGUGAAAAAACACAGAGUUAGCAUUUUGAGUCCAGCGACCCUUCUUAAGAACUUUGAAGAACUUCAGAACAUUCUG